AUGGCCAACUCCAAAAGGCUUUCAUUUCUGAUUUUCACUAUCCAUGUCAUGCUCCAACUCUCUUUCUCCUCUGCACAAACUGUAGUGAAAGGAGGAUAUUGGUAUUCUGAUUCUGGGCUUGCAGCAUCUGACAUUGAUCCUUCCUAUUUCACUCAUCUUUUUUGUGCAUUUGCUGACCUUGAUAGCUACACCAACCAAGUCACCAUUUCUUCUUCCAAUGCACCCUUGUUCUCAACCUUCACCCAAUCCGUUCAGCAAAAGAACCCUUCAGUGAAAACCCUUCUAUCCAUAGGUGGUGGUGGAGGUCCUUCCCUAGCAGAAGCUUUUGCUGCAAUGGCUAGCCAAGCCAGUAGCCGUAAGUCCUUCAUAGACUCUUCAAUACAAGUAGCUAGAAGCAACAGCUUCCAUGGUCUUGAUCUUGAUUGGGAGUACCCAUCAUCAAACACAGACAAGACCAACUUUGGGUUACUCGUCAAGGAGUGGAGAGAAGCUAUUGCUCAAGAGUCAAGUAACUCUGGUAACCCUCCAUUGUUAUUAUCUGCAGCAGUGGCAGGCUCUGAUCAGAUAUCUCCACUGGAAUAUUACCCAGUUCAAGAAAUUGCUAACAACUUGGAUUGGGUUAACGUGAUGGUCUAUGACCUUUUCACCUCAGAUGGUUACCGAGCUGAGACACAACCACAUGCACCAUUGGAAAACCCACAAGGCCAAUUCAGUGGAGAUGAAGGGGUUACAAAAUGGAUUCAAUUAGGAUUGCCUAAAAAUCAAUUAGCAUUUGGGUUACCAUUUCAUGGCUAUUCAUGGCGUUUGGUGAAUGCUGAUGACCAUGGAUUAUUUGCUAAAGCAACUUCUGGUGAAGGGUCUAUUGGGUAUGGGGAUAUCAGGCAAUUCAUAAGUGAUCAAAUGGCACAGACUGUGUAUGACUCCACAUUUGUCACAGAUUAUUGUUAUUCUGGGACAACAUGGAUUGGUUAUGAUGAUACUCAGAGUGUCACUGCAAAGGUUAAUUAUGCCAAAGAAAAGGGAUUGAUUGGGUAUUUUGCUUGGCAAAUUGACUCUGACGACGACAAUUGGACACUUUCUAAAACUGGUGAGUACUAUGAAUUAGUUUUAUGUUCUGCAACUAUAUCCCAAUUUUUUUGCAAUGAAAUAGAAUAUCGUUACACAUCAUUAAUAGCUUUAGUUUAUCAGUAUGUUUUUCUGUGUUAA